CUUCGCAAUUCUUAUUUUCUUCAAUAACGAGAGAGAGAGAGAGAGAGAAAGUUCCAUUCUCAUUUCACAGUCCCAAUCGUAACGCAACUUCGAUUUUCAAUUUUUUCCCUCUUUCUCUCUCUUCUCUCUUCACAACACUACGUUUGUCAUCUGAACUGAGCUUCGGGGCUCGUUCCGUCUCUCGAACCCUUCCAUUUCCAUUUUAGGGUUUCACCGCGCCGAUGUCUGUAUACCUCAAAAUUGGAACUUCUUCAUCCGUCGUCGGCUACCGUUCUUGCUUCACCAACCGUGGAAGGCUUCGCUGUUUCUCUAAGAUCCUCUUUCGCCACUGGACUUGACACACUCCAAAAUUUAGGGUUUUUUCUUUUCGUUUCCAAACGUCGUUGCACUUCACUCAUUCCUGAACUAGUAACAAUAAUCGCUGUUGAGGCACGAGGUUUUGAUCCAAAUUGAUAUAAAAAUUAAAAAAAUAAAAUAAAAUAAAAAAAGAAAGGGUUGUGUUGUGUGAGUGGUGUAUUUGUUUCAAUUUGAUGGCUAGAAAGAAAUUGAUACCGGGGUUUCGGUUCCACCCCACUGGCGUUGAGUUGGUUGUGUACUUUCUGAAGAGGAAAGUGAUGGGGAAAAAGUUUUGUGAUGGUGUAAUAGCUGAACUUGACAUAUACAAGUAUGCUCCUUGGGAUCUCCCAGACAUGUCUUGUCUGAGAACUGGGGAAUUGGAAUGGUACUUCUUCUGCUCGAGAGAGAAGAAAUAUUGCAGUGGGAGCAGGAUGAAGCGCGCUACUGAAAUUGGGUAUUGGAAAGCUACUGGGCAGGAUAGAGUUGUUCGGCACAAUAAUCAAACUGUGGGGAAGAUAAAAACACUGAUAUUUCACACUGGUAAAUCGCCUCAUGGCAAAAGAACUGAUUGGGUUAUGCACGAGCAUAGGCUUGAAGAUAAGGACCUCGCUGACAAAGGAAUUGCUCAGGAUUCCUAUGUAGUCUGCAAGGUAUUCCAAAAGGAAGGUCGUGGUCCCAGGAAUGGUGCACAAUAUGGGAGACCGUUUAAUGAGGAAGACUGGGACGGUGAAGAACUGGGAAUACCUUGUGCUGCUUUGUCUGCACCACUUCCCAUCUUGCCUAUGACAUCUGAUGGUUCUGUUCCAAAUGACAAUGAUCUCCAUGCUGUUGGAUGUAUUGGGUUAGCUUCCACUUCAUGUCUAUCAGGAUCAAUGCCUUCUCCUGGCACAGCAAAUCCUUCUGAACCAAAUGAGAAAGCUGUUAACAAUGAUGAUGAUGAUAUUUUAUCAAUGCUUGAGAUUUUUAAAGAAGACAAUUUUUUUGAGAAGGUUGAUAAUCCUGGACUGGAAAACAUUGCUGAAGGUGCAGCUUUAGAUGGAUUUUUUGAGGGCUUGGAAGACUACAUGGCCGGUUUCUUCUCUGGCCAGAUUACUGGAUUUGGCACAAACGAAAUGGCUACUACAGGUGAUGUCGGGAGCUUUGACAACUUGGACUUCCUAGAGUUAAUCGACUUAGACCCUCCAUUGUUCAUGCCGACAACACAACCUUGAAGUUAUUUAGAGUUGCUAUGAAGAACUUUUGUGAUGACUUAGACUGACCUUUGGCAAACUAGCUAGAGGGCCAUUAAAUGAUUAAACUUGGAUACAGAUUUUUAAAUACUGUUGGUGGUGUUCUCCAAUAAAAAUGAAUGAGUUUCACUUUGACAAUGUGUAAUCAUUUAAUACAUAUAUCUGAUAUGCAGAUUAUCAAAGAUGAAACUUAAAUUCUAAUAAGAGUAACACCACCUAAGGUAUUGUAUCCAAGUUAUGUCUUUUAAAUAAUUGUUUUUAUCUUUGUUUUUUGGGUUUUAACUAUGACAAUCAAAUCCCGUGAUUGUUGUAAUUAUGUGUGCAUUUUUCAUUUUAGAACAUACUUCUUCUCAUAACAAAGGUUAUUUAUUUGAACGUAUUCA